AUGUCGUAUCAGUACCCCUCUCCGACCACGCCACCGCCGCCGUAUGAUACAGGCUAUCCCAUUCCUUCGCAGUCCACUGGAAUGGGUAUGAGAUCACCAGGCCAACCGGUAAAAGACGAUGGCGACCCAGCCACUUUGCAAUUCGACGGCAAGCGUGAAUCAUCAUCAGACCCAGGGUUGGCAACAGCUGAGCAAGCACAAGGGAACGAUCCAGCGAACAUGGGCGUCAAUGCCGACAAGAAGAGAGGAAAGCUGAAUUAUCACCGAGCAGGAACUGCCUGUACAAACUGUCGGAAGCGUAAAAUAAGGUGUGUGCAGACGCGCGGUCCGAAAUGCGAGCAAUGUCAGCGACUCCACAAAGAAUGCGUUAUCACGGCCGUGGACCAGCAGAGCUCGAUGGACGCCAGGAACAAGCCGAUACCAAGACCGUCUGCAGGUCAUAGGCUCGCUUCGGCAGGUUCCUCCCCUAGCAUGCACCACCAUGUGGCCAUGGUGAUGCCUCCCAUCCAAAACAUCGGGCUGGCAGAGCCACCAGACCUCAAGCGUGAGUUCCUUCUUUCUCCCAACGUCCAAAUGUGGAGGCUUCUGGCGGCCCAGGAAAGAGGCGAAUUUAAUAACGAUAUUGCAGUGCCCCCUGGCGCACCUAUGAACCGCGCAUACCCCGACUACGGCGCCCAGGGAAUGGCGGGUACGUGGCAGCCGUACAGCCAGACCCCGCCAAUCGUACCCAACUUCUCGCCGUAUCAACGCGCGACUCCUCCUCCUGGGGCCUGGUCAGCGCAUCCAGUUCCAGGGGACGCGUCGGCCAGAGACCAGAUGCAGUGGAAUUCAUACCCUGCGCCGAACCAGUCAUUCACGGCCAUGUCACAGAUGACAGCCGAUGCUUACGGCCGGAAAACGCCAAACCCGAUGUCUCCGACCGAGAUGUACCCUUCCGUACCGAACAUGGGGUCGCCGCAUGUGGGACAGCCCGCCUCGAUGUCCCCUCCUGAGAGCUCGUCUCAGGUGACCAGCUAUGGCUCAUGGCAGCAAACAUACCCCCCGCCAUCAAUGUCGAGACCGGGAGAGGGCUUCGGAGGCUGGUAUCCAGAGGGCGAAGGUGGGGCUUCCCAGCCUCCCCCAGGUAGUGCUGCUCAACAAGACUGGAACUGGAAUGGGAGCGCGAAACCGCAGCAAGGCGAAAUGCGGAGUUAA